AUGCUGCGUCACUCAAAGCAGGAGCAACAGAUGUGCCGCAAGGUGCCGGGUACAUACAUUGGAUACGUCUGCGAGCACCAUGAUGGGCGUUGUGUCAUAUGUGAUCUUCAGUUUGAUGAGAUUCUCCCGUCGAUGCGAGAGGUACAUGUGUGUGAUGACUGUGGUUUUGGCAAAGAAGGCGAGGAGCGUUGUGUGAUGUGCAAUGCUGGUAAAACAACGGAGGUGGCGUAUUACUGUCAGUACUGUGUUGCGCUUGAGAAGGACCGAGACGGCUGUCCACGUGUUUUGAAUCAGAACAGACAUCAGCGUAUGGCCACCAUGCGCACACGGUGA